CGCGUUUAUGAUGUCUAUUUCGGCCCCACACCGUACGGGGGCAUAAACGUACAGCAUAACCCACAGAUCGGGGUUUGAACUGUUUAUUCUGUGUUUCUGUCGCUCCAGAUCUUACGGGAAGUCAUCCACUCUUUGCACGUUUGCCAUUCGCCGCCAACCCAAACGCAACGGCGCCUGCCAAAAGCGGCUAGCGCGGGCUCACGUCAUUGGCUGACCGCGGCGCUAUCUCGCACACACCCCCCUUCUCGUCCCACCGACGCCCAAGUCCUCCUCCUCCUGCCUGCCGCCGGUCUGUGGCACUCCCGCAUACAUCCCGCAACCACCGCCCCUCCACCAGGAGCGACACACGACGAUGAAGUUCAUCGACAUCCCCGCCCUCUCCGCCCUCGCCCGCGCUCUCACCCACGACGGGCCCGACUGCAGCGUCCACACCCGGCUCGAAGCCUACAGCUGCAAACCCACCAACCGCGAUAAGAAGCUCUUCAAGUCGCUCGAACACGCCUACGCCGACGACCACGCCCACUCCUCCUCAUCACCCCCCUCCGGGUUCUUCGACGUCUCUGAAGAAGAAGACACGCCCUUCGGGCCCCUCUCCCGCCAGUCCGCGCGCAAGACGCUCUACCUCCUCAUCGCCACCCUCAACGCCGCCUUCCCCGACCACGAGUUCUCGGACGUCAAGCCCGCCCAGUUCUCGCGCGAGCAAGCCGGUGCCGCCGCCGUGUUGCACGCCCUCUCCGCCUCGCUCGCCGCGCCCCUCUCCGCCCCGUCGUCCUCCUACCCAGGCACCUCCGCCUCGCCCGACCUGCCCCCGCCGCCGUCGCUCCUCUCCUCUUACCCCUCGCCCUUGUCCUAUUCCCUCCCCACGCGAUCAUCAGGAGCAGGAGCAGGCGCAGGCUCCCUCCUCUCUCCGCCGAUCAGCAGCAGCACGCACCCGGCCCUCUUCCGCGCGCUCGACGACGCGAUCGGCCUCGCCGACUGCGACGUGUACGCCUACGCGCCCGACCUGGACUCGGACCCGCUCGCGAACGACGACGAGGGGGAGAACGACGACUGGGACGCGGCGAGCGUCGGCGACGAGGACGGGACCGAGUCGGACGAGGAAGACGCGACGUUCGCGUUCGAGCUCGAGUUCGACCACGACGCGCCCCGGUCCGACGGCGAGGAGGACGGGGACCUGCCGGACGGCGCCCAGUUCAAGAGCCCGCGCCGCCGGCAGAAGAAGCGCUUCGUGGUGCCGCCCGUGCCGUCGUACGCGUCGGGUUACUCGUCUUCGCCUCCGUCGAGCGCGACGCCGACCAGCAAGGGACGCGCGAUCCCCGCCGGACGUCGGGUGGGCAUACGGAUGAAGCGGCGCGGCGGCUUGCUAUGGUCCUCGCACUGGUUCUUCGUCAACCGGAAGCUGAAGCGGAUCUUGUUCGUGUCCGUCUGGGCGCGCAGCCGCGGGAUGAGCCGGCGGUGGUCCGACUCGGACGAGAGCGAGCUCGGCGCGAGCUGGAGCGAGGAUGUGGGGGAGAGGACUGGGAGGAGCGAGAGGUUUAGGGGAUGGGAAGGCGCUGCGGAUGUGAAUAUGAACAUCGCGAGCGCGUGGUUCGCGCGGGCAUGA